AUGGCAGACCUCGUUGCCGAGGCGCAGGAGCGCACCAAGGGCUACCUGCCGACGAUCCAGGCGGCGCUCGACGCGCAGCGCGCCGCCGGCGCCGGCACGGCGCCGCCGCUCAUCGCCGACGCCACGGUCUACAACGGCAAGGUCCGCGACGUCUACUCGCCGGCCUGCGCGCCGCGGCACGUCGUGCUCUGCGCCACGGGCCGCCAGAGCGCCUUCGACCGCGCCCUCGCCGUCGUGCCCUUCAAGGGCAGCGUGCUCAACCAGGUGUCCGCGUGGUGGUUCGCGGAGACGCGGUCGAUCACGCCGAACCACGUCGUCGCCGCGCCUCUGCCGGACUGCGUCGUCGCCAAGAAGUGCCGGGCCUUCCCCAUCGAGUUCGUCGUGCGCGGCUACAUCACGGGCUCGACGUCGACGUCCAUGUGGACCCACUACAAGGGCGGCGCGCGCGUCUACUGCGGCAUCGAGCUGCCCGACGGCCUCGAGAAGAACGCGAAGCUCGCGAAACCGCUCUGCACGCCGACGACCAAGGACGUCGAGCACGACGUGCCCAUCUCGCCCGCCGACAUCGUCGCGUCUGGCCGCAUGACCCAGGCCGAGUGGGACCACUGCUCCGCGACGGCCUUGGCCGUCUUCGCGCGGGGCCAGGCGGUCGCGGCGUCGCGGGGCCUCAUCCUCGUCGACACCAAGUACGAGUUCGGCGUCGACGACGACGGCACCAUCCUCCUCAUCGACGAGGUCCAGACGCCCGACUCGAGCCGCUACUGGCUCGCCGCGUCGUACGAGGCGCGCGUCGCCGCCAAGCAGGAGCCGGAGAACAUCGACAAGGAGUUCCUCCGCCUCUGGUACCGCGAGCGCUGCGACCCCUACAAGGACGCCGUCAUCCCCGACGCGCCCGACGACCUCGUCUGCGAGCUCUCCCGGCGCUACAUCCUCCUCUUCGAGCUCAUCACGGGCCAGCGCUUCGACUUCGCGGCGGCGGCCGCGAAGACGGACCGCGCCGCGGUCAUGGCCGCCGCGCUCGCCAAGCUCGCGUAG